AAGGGCAAGAACAGUGUUUUUGUCAUUCUUUGUGUCCUCAGCAUUUAUCACAACAUCUGGCACAUAGUAACCACUUAGUGAUUGUUGAUUUACUGCGUCAACCUUCACAUUGAAAUCCCUGAAUAUCAAGGUAAAUGUUGACUUAGUUUAGAGGGUCUUGUCAAGUUAUUCAUAAAAUUCCUCAUCUUCUACACUGUUCUCCAUAGUGAUCUGUUUGCUAGUACUCAUUUUGAAUACUGCAAGGAAAGAUGAGCCAAGGUCCCGUGAAACACUUGUUUUUCAUUUGGGCAUAUGAUUAAACCAGUUCCUUUAUUUAUCUAUAAUAGAAGAGCCUGUGAGCUAUUUUUCCAUAUAGUUGCAACUUCUUUACGUCUUCUGGCUUCACUUAAAGCAAUAUUUUCAAUAUGAAAAAGAUCCAGUUCCUUAGAUAAUUUACCCAUUUGUUGGCUGUUGGACAAAUUAGAGUGCCAGAAUUUAGGUGAAUGUUUUUAGAUAGUCUAAAAACUGAUUCUUAGCACUGUCUACCCACUUUUCUGAUACUCUGCCACCAUCACAAUGGAAGCAGAAGAAUGUUGCAUGGGGACAUUUUUAAUCAGUCUCGUUUCAUGAGUCAUUUUGGUUAAAAUGAUUUAUCACCUAGUGUUCAACUUUAUGGCAAUGACUUUUUCCAAACUAAGCUACCUAGUCUUGGACAGUCAUUCACUGGAACAGUACUUGAAGCCUUUCUAGCUUGGUAGAAUCUACUAGAGCUUAUGGUCCGCUGCCAUAGCCUUCAAAAACCCAUCUUCUUUGCUACAGUGACAUUCUAGAGUGCUUGUGGAGUCAAACAACAAACAUUAUUAAGUUCCUACCAUCUGCCAAACACUGGGCUGAGUUGUUAGGAUACAAAGAAAGACAAAAGACAGUCCCUGCUCUCAAGGAGCUCACAGUCUAAUGGGGAAAACAACAUGCAUCCAGCUCUGUACAAACAAGAUAUAGACAAGAUAAAUUGGGGGUAGUGUCAGAGGGAAGGCAUAGUUAAUAGUGGAGGAUAGUUAGUAAAAAAUAUUUUUGACACAGAGGAAUUUGACUCAGCCAGCUUAUCAGAAAUAGUAGCUACCUCUCUUGAACUCCUUUUUAUACUCUCUCUGAAUUUUCCAUGUAUAGUAACUAGUAGUAUACGACUUAUCUCCACUCCAAGACUGUAAGCUCUUUGAAAGUGGAGAGAUCACAUCUUAUUCAUCUUAUGUCCUGAACGGUGCUAAGAAAAUGUUGAGGGGAAGGGAUAGUGCUUCUUUCAGGCCAUAUUCUGUUACCAUCGAGUAUAAUGUGUUAACUUACACAUUAUAAGUGAAAGGUAUUUAGUUUAGGGGAAAAGCACCCUCCCUGAUCCAUGUGCUUUCAGUUGACUUCCUUAAGGGCUCUGUCAAAGAACUAUGUUUCUUGGUUAAUAAAAGUGAAUAAUCCAUAACUGCACAGUCUAAACUAUCCUACAUAUCCUUUUGUAUUCAAAUGGAUUCUUUUUCUCCACUUUUUUCUAGGAAGGGGAGGUGGGGAGUUCUUCAAUGUGUCUAGAAGCAGAAAAUGGAUAAUAUAUCCCAACACUUUUAUGAUGGAAAAUAAAAUACAGCCUUAUUGUGGUACAGUAGAAAGAAUGGAGUUGGAGGACCUUAGUUUAAAUCACAGUUUUGCUACUUACUACCUGUAUUUGUGUCACCUUGAGGUUAUAUCAAAACCUCUCUGAGCCCCCUCAUCUGUAAAAUGAGGAGUUUCACUAGAAUGACAAUUGAAGGUCCUUUCUACCUCUAAAUCUACGAUCUCAUGUUCUACUACAGGAAGUAAUAGGUUUCCUAGCACUGAAGGUCUUAACUAGAUGCUGGUUGAAUUAGAGGUGUUGUAGGGAGCCCUAGUCAUAUAUGGCUUGACUGUAGGUGACUUCUGAAGUCCCAUCUAGCUCUGGGAUUCCAUGAAGGAAAAGCCAAGGACUGUUCAUUCAGUGGUAAUUGUAUUUUUUUUCUUUCAUUACAUCUUUGUCAUCUUAAAGUUCUCAAGUUUUUAGCUUCCCCCUCACCUAGUUCCUAAAAAUGUAAUACUUAGUGGAUUUUUGAAAUGUGCCUGUCUAUAUUAAGAAGUUAUUAUUUAAAUAUCUUUCUCAGUUCAGUGGCAAAAGGCAAAAAAUUAUUUUGUAUAUUUGACCAUACUAUUACUAUCAUCACAAAAACGAAAAUUAUCUUUUUUGUUUUCUGAAAAGGAAAAAAAAAUAGUAAUAACUGAGUCUAUACUGCCCAUAUUUACAACCUUUGAGAUUUCAGCCAUAAUAUAUGUUUAUACCUGAAUCAGAAUGCUUAGUUGAGAGCUCUGUCAAGGAAAUACCAUUAUGGAUUAUUGUGUGGCACAGCAGAAAGAGCACUGGAUUUGGAGUUAGAGAAACUAGGUUCAGAUCUUGAUGAUACCACUUCCUUUUGUGACCUUAGAUAAGUCACUUAACCAGAGAUAAGUGUCUGGGCUUCACUGUUCUCAUCUAUAAAAUUAGGAGGCUGGAUUAUAUGAUUUCUAAGGUUCCCUAUAGCUCUAAAUCUAUAAUCCUGUCAUCCCAACAAAUGCUCCAUGAGCUAAUGGUCCAGGUCUUUUAGGAGACUGUAUUGUAUUCUAGUAGAUUCUUCUUUAUUCUUUUUGAAGGGUCAGCAGAAAAGUGGUUCUCUAGCAUGUCUUAAAAUAAGGGAGAGAAAAACAGAUGGUUUGAAGAAAAGGGAAAAAUACAUGUGUAUUUACAUAAAUAUGCUAAAUGUAAAAUUAAAAAAAGGGAACAUGUUGAAUGAUUUCUAAAUUCUUUAUCGUAGGGGGCUCAAAAUCCAGCCCUAACACCUGACUUAGGUGAUCCUGGGCAAAUUCUCAUGCCUUUCAGAGCCUCAGUUUCUUCAUCUGUAAAAUGGUAGCAUGGAUUCAAUAAUUGUGAAUAUUCCUUCCACCUUUAUUGAUUUAUGUGUGGCCCACUAGCUGUCAUCUAUAUUUUUCUUAUUAUCAGAUCUUUUCAAUGUGUGCAAGAAGCAAAACAAAGUAAUCCUAACUUGCACAUAUUCAGUUUGAAAUACAAAUUAUUCUUAUUAGCAUUCGAACAAUUUGUCCAAAACUAAAUCCAUUCAUAUAGGAUUUUGCUUCCACAGAGCUAAUGGGAAUCAGUGGUUUCAUUGUUUGUCACUAUGGAAACCAGUCAGCCUAUCCUGAAUCACUAUUAGAUCAUACGGAAUGAUGCACAUAUCUCUGUGUAACUUCAUCAUUCAGCAAGUUGGUUUCAUGUACACUUGCUCCACAGUGUGAUCUGACCAUAGCAAAGGGGACAAUGCAGGGUUCUCCUAGGAGGCUCUCGGCUGUGAAUUUUCUGAGCACUUUUUUCCAAGGUCGAAGGCACUCUGCUUCUGAUCUUUUGCUUCGUUUGCACCAGAGACGGCGGAAUUCAGUUAUAGAAGUGCUUUCUUCAUCUUCUCAUCGGGUUAUGGUGGCUAUAUCCUCUGUCAGCAGUGCAGAAAUAAAUCCAACUUUUCCUGAAAGAAAAAGAAGUUCACGACGUCCAACACCAAAAUAUACUAAAGUUGGGGAACGUCUACGACACGUUAUUCCUGGACAUGUGGCCUGUUCAAUGGCAUGUGGUGGUCGAGCCUGCAAGUAUGAGAAUCCAGCACGCUGGAGUGAUGAGGAACAAGCCAUCAAAGGGAUUUAUUCCUCCUGGGUCACAGAUAACAUUCUUGCAAUGGCUCGACCAUCAACUGAGCUAAUUGAAAAGUACAACAUCAUUGAACAGUUUCAAAGCUACGGCAUAAAAACAAUAAUUAACCUUCAGCGACCUGGAGAGCAUGCAAGCUGUGGGAACACGCUAGAACCAGAAAGUGGCUUCACUUACCUCCCUGAAGCUUUCAUGGAAGCUGGCAUUUACUUCUACAAUUUUGGAUGGAAGGACUACGGUGUAGCAUCUCUUACUACCAUCUUAGAUAUGGUGAAGGUGAUGACAUUUGCCUUACAGGAAGGAAAAGUAGCUAUUCAUUGUCAUGCUGGGCUUGGUCGAACAGGUGUUUUAAUAGCUUGUUUUUUAGUUUUUGCAACAAGAAUGACUGCAGAUCAAGCGAUAAUUUUCGUUCGGGCAAAAAGGCCAAAUUCGAUACAAACAAGAGGCCAGUUAUUAUGUGUAAGGGAAUUCACUCAGUUUUUGAUUCCUCUCCGCAAUGUGUUUUCUUGCUGUGAGCCCAAAGCACAUGCUGUUACUUUAUCACAGUACUUAAUUCGCCAGCGUCAUUUACUUCAUGGUUAUGAAGCUCGACUUCUAAAGCACGUGCCAAAAAUUAUUCAUCUGGUUUGCAAACUGCUGUUGGACUUAGCUGAAAAUAGACAAGUAAUAAAGGAGGACAUUUUAAAGGUACCUGAUCUCUCCGCUGAAAUUGAAAAGACAGUUUCGGAGAUGGUCACAAUGCAGCUGGAUAAAGAGUUAAUGAGACAUGUGAAUGACGCAUCCCUUCCAUUCACCCCCUCAGCAGUGACAGUAGAUUUUGAGAACCAGGAUGCUGUUUUCUCCAGUGAACAUGAAUUUGAUCCUCUUUGGAAGAGGCGGAAUGUUGAAUGCCUUCAGCCUCUGACUCAUCUGAAAAGAAGGCUCAGCUAUAGUGACUCAGACUUAAAACGAGCUGAAUUUCUUUUGGAGCAGGGAGAGACUCCGUGGACAGUGCCUACCCAAGUCCUCCUGUGCUGUAACCUCAAGCAGCAGCACGUGAGCCACACUUGUGCUCAGCCAUCGCCUCCGCUGGACAUCAGUAAAGAAGCUUUAGUCCGCAAUACAUUUUCCUUCUGGAAUCAGCCUAAAUGUAGUGGUCUAGAAGCCUCCAGAGAUGAGGGGUCACCACUUUUCCAUAGGAGAAAGAUUCCAAAGGAAAUCCAGCGGAGUAGAACUUUUUCUUCAGGCUUGUCAGGUGUGCACAACACUGGGGAGUCAGUCACAGCCAAGGUUGCAAAUACACCCAGGACACGCCUGCCCCAGAAAGCUGACCACUGUAGGUAUGACCCUGGCAGUAACUGGGGACAAGAUCCCAUGGCUUGUGGUGGGAAUUACUGUGUCCCUCAGAAUUGUGAUGCUGCUCCUAGGGCAGAAUGCUUUGUCAGAUCUGAAAGCCAAGAAAAUAAUGCCCCACUACAAGCAAUGCCACUGAGUAUUGAAGCACGAAGAGUGUUGGUGGCAAAAGCCCUGGCAAAUUUGAAUGAAUUUAUAGAAGAGGCGGAAAUAAAACAAAAGGUGGAAAUGUGGCAGAGAGAAUUGAAUUCUAGAGAUGGGGCUUGGGAAAAAAUAUGUGGAGAAAGAGAUCCCUUCAUACUGUGUGGCUUGAUGUGGUCCUGGGUAGAGCAACUAAAGGAACCUGUUAUAACCCAAGAGGAUGUCAACCUAUUAGUCAACAACUGUGCUGAUGCCUCAGAAGCACUUUCCUUACUAGAAAAGGGACAACACCAAACUAUUCUCUGUAUCUUACACUGUAUAGUGAAUUUGCAAACCAUUCCAGCUGAUGUAGAGGAAGCUUUCCUUGCCCACGCCAUUAAAUCUUUCACCAAGAUUAAUUUUGAUUCUGAAAAUGGACCAGUGGUUUACCACACCCUGAAAAAAAUAUUUAAGCACGCAAUAGAAGAAAAAAGAAAGAUUACAAAAGAAGGAUCAGAACACACUUCUUAAUGUUUACAGUUCUAUGUUGGGGGUCUUCUGUGGAUCCCAAGAAGGAUCUGUUUAAUCCGCUACUUUUUCUUCCUUCGAUGUUUAUUUUAACCUAACCUGAAGACCCUGAUAACAUUUAUGUUCAUAUGUGAAUAUGUUGAAGUUCUUACAAGCUGCUUUUUUUGUGGUUUUAUUGUGGCAUUUCAUUUAAAGUGAUAUCAUUUUAUAUUGUGUAUGAUAUUAUUUUGAGGCUAUUUAUUGAUUCUGAAAAAAUACAUCCACAAGCUUUAUUUUUGUGUUUGAACAAUUGACAUGAAGUCAGUGCCAUUUCCUUUUAUUUAGUGAAUUGAGCUAAUGUUGUUGUAUUAACAUUUGAAGUACGUGAUGUUUACAUUAAUGUUUUUCUGUUUUACAUUGUGGUAGAUGACUGACUCUACUUUCCAGAACAAUUGUCUGGAUGACUGAACCAUCUUUGGAGUUUAAAAAAUAGAUACUUUGAUAGUAAACACUAUAUAGCCAUUCCUUCCUGACAUAUAACUUAAAUAAGUCACCAAGUGUCUUGAAAUGCUGUUUUAUAUUUGUGACUACAGAUGUUUCUGUUGCAAGACUUUUAAAGGAUUUUUUCCAUUUGUUUGAA